AUGUCUCCCAAACCCUCGACUAAGCGAGCAUUAUCACAAAUACCAUCGCCGACAACUAUGCAUAAUACCAAGAAACCGCGCCUAGUCGCCGUUUCCAGGGCGGGUAGGCAAGAUAUUCCAGGAGAGGGGCGUUGGAAGGACUGGCCCGCUCCCGCCGAAGAUCUGAAGGCAGCCAGAACGUUUAUGAAGCAAUGCGCAGAACGUAGACUGCCGACUAUCAUCGUUCCGGACAAGGACGCAGACGGAUUGUCGUCGGGACUAAUCUUAUAUCGCACUCUCAACGGCCUUGGGCUCCCUCCUGAAUCAAUUCAUGUGCACUUCAUCGCAAAGGGAACCAACGUGUUCUCCGCAUCUGAAAGGGCGCGACUGGAGUGCCUAGCAAUCGCCAUUAGUGGUGGCGGCGAAUUGGAUAGUACGUCAAACGAAGUGCGAGUUAUAUAUGUCGACCAAGGAAGUCGUGGUGGUCCGCCGUUACUUCAGCCCCUUCUCGACGAAGGCCGCGCUAUGGUCCGGACUAUGGUUGUAGACCAUCAUCAGAGUGACGACUUCCCCGAAGGUUCACAGGUCCUGACGGCUUGCAAAUCACCCCCAAUCUGUACCUCAUCCUUGCUAACCUAUCUCAUGUGCUAUCCGUUGGAGAGCAGCAUUCCCGAAUCUUGCGCAUGGUUAGCCCUGUUGGGAAUCUUCGGCGACCUAGGUCCAAGUGAAAUCAAGUUCGGCGAUGUGGAGGGUCAUUGGCCAGUGAGCGAGGAGAUGCUGAGGCUAGGAGCCACUAUCAAAGUCGUAAAGAAGAAGGCUUUGAGUGACUCCGUUUCGUUGUUGAAUGCUCCCCGGAGGACGCCGGAGUUCAAUGUUCAAUCCGCCUGGGAUGCUCUCCUCAGUGCUGACGGCCCGACAACGAUAAUAAACAAUACUGAGCUCCGCAGAUUGCGGUUUCGUAUCAAUGAAGAAGUUGAACGAUGCAGUCGUGCUGCUCCUCAAUUCUCCAAAGACGGAUGUGUUGCUUUGCUAAGGAUUGAUAGCCGGUAUCAAGUUCAUCCUGUUGUAGCGAUACGUUGGGCCUCUAGAUUGAAAGGGAAGGACCUGAAAAUGAUAAUGGUCGUCAAUCCAUCACACCACCCCGACCCUAAUCUUGUUUCGUUUUCCUGUAGGAUUCCUGCAAGCCUUCGUAAAGUUGCAGAGACAGCGCAGCCAGAUCUUCAGCAACUCCUUAAAGACUACGGUGCGAAAGUGGAUGAUGUGUUUAUGGCCCGUGUAGGGGACGAUUAUGCGAGGGGACAUAAGCAGGCGACGGGGGGAAUCAUACCGAGGGCUGAAUUCGAGUUGUUGGUCUCAAAGGGCAUGGAGGUCGCGGCAAGAGCGGUCAGGAGGGUUGAUGAAGCCUCGGUGGAUGGUCAGCGAAAGAUCAAGGACUUCUUCAGUAAGGGAUAG